AUGUACAUCACCCUCUACUACAUAGUCACCCGGCUCCCUGACUCCCUUCGCUUGGUCAGCGACCACUUCCUCUCAGUUUUCCCCACCACACUCACCGUUGACCUCCUCGAGGAGCGCCUCCUAGCAGCUGAUCGGUCGGCGCUGCGUCUGCCCCUCGCGGGAGACGCCGUACCGGCAAGGGCAAGGGGGGCAAGGGCGCUGGAGGGGCUGGCGGGGGCGGUGGAGGUGGUGGUGGAGGCAGUGGAGGGGGUGGGGGUGGUGGUGGGAGUGGUGGCGGGGGUGGAGGCGUCGGUGGCAGCAGUGGAGGCGGAGGAGGCGACGAUGGUGGCGGAGGGAGCGGAGGCGGCGGAGGUGGCGGAGGCGGCGGAGGUGGCGGAAGCGGCGGAGGUGGCGGAGGCGGCGGCGGAGGCGGUGGAGCUGGUCGUGGCUCUGCGCAGAGGAGUGGGUCCGGUGGUGCCAGGUGGGGGUACUGUUCCCUGCACCUACGUCCUCCGUAUAGGCGACCGUGCUGGUGAGCAGUGCGGGGGCCUGCACUCCACCCAGCGCUGCUUUGGCCGCCUGACGAACGCGUGGCGUCACCAGUUCCCUGAUGCCACUGAGAUCCCUCGCUCGGAUGUUCUGUCUAGGGCUGGGGUUGCUAUCUUUGAUCUUGAUUAUGAUGCUAUUCUUGCUGCCAUGUAUGCUGUGUCUACUAGUGAUGAGGGUGAUUGUUACCUGUAUGUUCCGCUUGACCCGGGUCAUUGA